GUGGGUUGUUGGGUGAAGCUUUCAUUGAUCCAGCUUUUGCUGGUAGAUCGUACAGAAGCACACUGAGAUUUUGAAGGCAGGGUGAACACCAUGGACUCUGUCAUUUUCUUUGAGCCAUUCCUGAGCAUGUUUUGCACUUUGGGGAGAUGCAUUAUCCAUCGGUAACCAUGUUUGUAUGAGUGUCACCUCCAUGUAAAUAUCAGUAAUCCAAGUUUUGCUAGGAGAGCAUUACAUUGUAACAAGAUAAUCAAGGUUAUUCACUUCACCUGUCAGUGGUUUAAUGUUGUGGCUGAUCGAUGUGUAGCUCCAGUUCAGAAGAGGGUUAGUUUUCAGCGAGUCAGCCCAGGCUUAAUAAGUUAUGCCAUAUAUGUCUGUCAUAAGUAUACUGGCUUUCAUGUCCCUUCAGGGGGCUGCCUGCAGCAGCAUGAUUUUAUGCCUUUUGAGAUAAUUAUAUUCUAAGUGGACAUAAAAAGCUGCACAUAUUAAUUUUAUUUCUGAAAAUAAAGCUAUAUUAACUGGUGAUUCAUAACAUCAACUAUAGCUAAGAAAUAUAACACUAAAAGAUAGCAGUUGUUUUUAGGUAAUCUGCCAUGUUUUUUGAGCUACGAUGCACAAACUGUUGUUUGCAGAGUUUAUAUUCCACUUUUUGUCUGUCUGAGCCUAAUGCAGCCGCACUGGCAACGUUUUAGACAUGGUGUCGGUUUAUUGCUUCUUUGCAUAUUUGAAGUGCUGCCGACAGUCAUGGCCUGCACCGGUCUGUUCUAUUAGAAGUUAUUGGGAAAAUAGAACUAUACUGAAUUCAUAUUAUUAAAUUUCCUUAAAGUCUUUAGAUGGAUGUAAACUGCAGCAUUUCUUUGGUGGAGGGAUGCAGUUGCAAGGUGGGAAUUGUAGCCGUUACAUGAAGUGUGACGCAGCUUCCAUUGCAAGAAGAGCUAUUUGACAAAGAAAAGAAAACAAAACAGUUCUGUGUUUUUUAUACAGUUAAUGUUUAAUCUCACAUAUUUUUGUCAAUUCUGGCCUUGAAAUGGAGUCACGAGUUAAUAUCUUAGUCUGUGGAGAUGCAAAGGGAGGAACUGGUAAAGCAAGGUUAAGCUGAACCCACAGAGACAAGACAGCAGUGGAGGAAUGACAAGUAUGAGAUGUGAUAUGUACAGUGUUGACAGAACUGCACUGUUGUCCUUUUAAAGCAACGACUGGAAUUUUCCCCACAGUAACUGUUGUUUGUAAUCUUAAUCUGGAUCAGUCGCACAGAUAGGCUUGAUGUGCUUCUACCAUCAUACCACUGGUUGCAGUUCUAAUAAGCUCAGUUAAACUUAACAUCAUGAAAGGUAUUACUUGGAUUCUGAAUAAUGACAAUGUCCAGCUGCUAGUGAAGUGAUACCGCCAUGCCAGACUCUUUCUGCGGGGGUGGACAGAUGAGAUUUAUCUAAGGAAAUGGCCUGGUUAUCUACAUAUUCCACACACUGACACAUAGAAAGAAAAGCAGUGGAUUCAUAGUGCUGGUUCGACUGGUCUGACAAGAAAAGGGAGGGUGAGAGGCAGCGAGGAGGAGGAGAUUUCAGAGGAGGCAUUGCCGAGCCCACAACUAGAAACAAGAUAUAAGAGGAAAGAUAAGAAGAGAGGAGGGCAGGAAGGACAAGCGGUUCAGAUUUUAGAGGGUUUUAUAGCCAUGAAGUUUAGUAAUGUGCAGGUGUUGCUGCGCUGAUACACAGCAGGAUUAUUUGACCUGUCGGAUCAACACAGACGACAUUCCGACAUUCAUCUACCUCAGCAGGGAAACUGGGAAUCAAACUCCAGCUGGCACUGUACCUCUAGUAUCGUCCCUCCAACAUGAGUGAUGACGGGGAGGCGCACAGACCCGAAGGGAGCCAAGGAGCCAGACUGGCCCCCAACGUCAAACCCAAACUCAACCAAAAUAUCAGGAACAGCAGGGAGGAGCACCUAAAGAAAGAGAAACCGGCAAAGGUGAGGCGGUCAAGGAGUACCGACUCGGAGAGGGGUGAAAGAGGGAGGAGGAGGGAUCGAGACAGGCACCAUGGAGAGAGGCGGCAGCGUGGGAGGAGUGAGGAGGCCCGGAGACGAGACAGGAAAGAAGGGGAGAAUGACUGCAGAAAUCCCCCUGAAGAUGAUGUGGAGGACACCGAGUGUGCCGUGUGCUUCUGCUCCUACGAUAAUGUCUUCAAGACCCCCAAGCUGCUGGCAUGCGGACACACCUUCUGUUUGGAGUGCCUUGCUCGCAUCAACGUGGUCUCACCUGAGCUCAAGACCCUGUCCUGCCCCGUGUGCCGCAAGCUGACCGAGCUGCCCCACGGCCAGGACCUGCCCCGCCUGGGCAACAACGAGGGCAUCAUAGGGAAACUCCCACCGGACAUGCAGAGGGCUCUGUCCAUCCGCUUCAAGCGCAGCCAGGGGAAGCUGAUGCUCAAGAACCCUCCUCCCAACAGCCCGACCAAGCCGAGCUUCCUGACGUUGCCGAAGAAGAGUCAGGAGGUCCAGGCGACUGCAGGUGGUGACCUCAACCUGAGCACGAUGGAGCAGGGAAUAGCUCCGACCACUGAGGUGGACGUGGGUCGACCUCCCAGCAGGGUGAGGGGUCGCCUGCGCAGGUUGUUCCGCUCGGAUCAGUGUUACUACGCUGUGGUGGGGUCCAUCAUCACCAUCACCGUGGUGCUCAUGCUAGUGGGGAUUCUGGCCUUUGUCAUCAUACCGAAUGUGGCCAGUCGGCCUCCGAGACCAAGCGACCAAACGCUGCCUCCUUCCUUAGGAAACGGCACAAGGCCCUGAAUGAGCAGGGAGGAAAUAUCACAGGAGACACUUCUGUGAACAUUCAGCCACUUUGUUUUUUGCUCUCGGAGAAGGAAAAUCAUCUUCAAGCGUUAUCACAUGAAGCUUUUCGAAGAAAUGAAGGAAAACAAGGACAGCAGCAUUUUUUAACAGGCAGGUUUGAUUCUACGUUGUUGCACACAAAAGAAACAGGGCAGACCUGCCUUUUGUUUUUGUUUUUCUGACCAUGCUAGUGAUUACUGUGAAAGCGUAAGUGGAUAAAGAUUAAUAAACUGUAAAUCUUUAAAUGCACUAAACUCUGUGAUGAAAUGCCCUCAGUAUACUUGGAUGCCACAUAAACCAAUUCAGGGUCUCUAGUUCUGACAAAUGUUGUUAAUAGUCACUGUACAUACUCAAAUGAUGUAUAUAUUUGUAUAAGAAUUGACUUUAUUUCCCAUAUCAUCAAAUAAAGCCUGUUUGAGACAUUUAAAGCUCA